GUGCCCAUGCUGUCAACAAACUUUACUAAUUUAUACUUAGGCUCGGUGUGCUAAAAGUAAUGCUAUCAUGGAUUAGUCUAAUUUUACACAUGGUUUGAUUUGAUUUAAGAAUAUACUUGAAGUACGUUGUACAUAUUUGAUGGCUGUCAAUUUACUUUUGAGAUCGGCAACCGGCUAGUCGGCGACUGGAUGUGGUCAUGGCGCGCUGGAGAGGGAAUUUCGAAAAUUUGACGAAAUCACUCAUUACACAUUUAACAGGACUCGAGGAUGGAGAGGAAAACUUUCGACUCUGUCAGCAGUUUGCAACAUCAAACUUUAAAUUUCACCGAUUUCUAGAUGUGGACAGUCACAAAGUGACAAGAGCCUUAGAUGGAAUGCGUACAAAGUUUGAAGUACAUUCAGAGACUGAGAAAGCUAAAGCUCUGACUCUGCUGACUGAAGAUUUCUUGAAUAGUCCAAUAUUUGAAGACAAGAAUGAUGGCAAGACUGAUACACACUACUCUAUCCUGUACCUGUUGUUCCUGUUGGCGGACCACCCCACGGCAGCUGACUUUAGGCUUACUCUGCCCCAUCGUGAGGAUGAACCUGUAGAUGACUUUGACUGGUCUGCUCACCUGUUGGAUGGAGAGGAUGUGUAUCGAGGAUUAUAUGCAGAUUCUCCGACCCCCUCAGAUGAUGAGAGUUUGUCUGAUUCUGAUGAGGAUGAACAGUCUCAACGACAAAGUAAUGACGCAGUUGUCACUCAGUCUGCUGUUGUCACAGCAACACAGGACACAUCUAUGCUGGUUACACAUGAGUCUGAUGUGGUUGAAGACAAAGGAUAUGACUGGUUAAUGAAAAAUCUAGUGGUGCAAUAUUGGAAGGCAGGAGUAAGUGAAGAGGAUACUAUAGACAACCAUUUCAGUUCCAACUUGGCGAGAGAUUGGGAGUCGUACAAGUCCCGCACCAACCCCCUGUACUGUGAAGGGAGCCGCACCUUUGUCACGGAGAUCCAGGUCUUGAGAGAAGUGUUGUGGAUGAUGUCUGGUGUAGCUGACCUGUUCAUCUUCCACUACAAAGGAGGCCGCUUCAUUCUCCGUGACGACAUAUCCGUGUCCCAUCUUACUAAGGAGAGUGUAGAGAGUUUGGUUCAGCCGUUCUGCAAGCUUGGGGUCCACGUUCAGGUUCUGCAGACCUUUGUUCAGGAGAUUGUGUCCCAGAGUUGCCUUGGUCAAGAUCUCACCUCAGUGCCCAUGACCUACCAAGCUUUCACUAAGACAGUGUCCCAGUUUCUGCAGGACUUACAAACUUAUCUCUCAGGUCUAGAGAAAAGGAUCAUCAGGAAUGAAGAGGUCAUGACCCUAUCAAUGAUGUCGGUGGAGUUACACACAUGGAGUCAGAAAAUCAGCUUGGUGUACUCCCUGUAUAUCAACGGUGUGGCAGCCGCUGCUAGUCUCCCAACCAACAGUCUCAAGGCUUCUCAUCUCCUCAGUGUAUUGUACAACACUGUGCUAGAGUAUGACUCACUUGGAGAAUUCACUCCUGACAUGAUCAUGCUGUUACUGCCGAUGUGGAUGCAGACGUCUCAGCCCUAUCUGCAGAUCAUUGGAGACUGGAUCAACAAUGGCCACUUGAAUGACCCGAUGAAUGAGUUUGUUGUUCAGAGAAAUGACAAUGUAAAGUCAGUAGAUGAGACCUUCUGGGAGAAUGCUUUUGUUCUCCACAUGCCCAAGAGUUCACCAAACUCCAGUGUGCUCAGCACAACUAUUGCCCAGUUUCCAGAGCAUGAGCAGGUUUCCGUGGCAACAGCCUGGGCUCCCAAGUUCCUUCAGCCAGUUGUCAAGGAUAUUGUGUUAACAGGAAAAUCCAUGGAAGUGCUUGAACACUUGGGACAGUUAUUCCAAGUCAUAGGAAAUAAAGAUGGUAAACCAGAAUCACUAUACGACACGUUUAUGAAAUCAUUGGAGAAGACCCUUGGGUCCAAGUCACCAGCAGCUGGUAAAUCACAGAAUGGGAAAAGGGAGACAACUGUGUCUACGCCAGUCCUGACUCCACAGAUUGAACAACAGAUGAGGGGACUUGGUGUCUAUGAUCCUCUGCUGAGAAUUAACUUUGAGACAGUGUUCGGCUAUCUGCAUGUGGGCCCAGUUGAAUCUGAGGAGCACAGGGAGCUGAGGUUACUGCGGGGGCUAAAGUCUGAGAACCUACAACCAGUUGAGAUGCUGCUCCAGGAGUGUCUGUACCCACACAUACUUCGCAGAUAUCAUGUGGUGUGUGCAGAACUGGUCCGCAUCCUUAAGGAGAAGUAUCGCCUGAUGGACUUCCUUACUGCCAUGAGGAAGUUUUUCUUGAUGGAGGCAGGUGACACUAUGUUCAACUUUUACACAGACAUAUUUGACAGGAUGAAGAACAUGGAACAGUGGAGGGACCUCUCUGUGCUGAAUCUGGUCCUACACGAGGCCAUGUACGCACUCUACCCUGACGAGACAAGCAGAUUGAGCGUUACUUUAGAGACUCCUAAUGUCAAGGAGAAGUUCCCUAUAAGUGUCACUGACUGUAUCAAGCUGUCAUAUGCGGUUCCCUGGCCAGUAGACCUGGUAAUAAGCUCUCGGAGUCAGGAUAUCUACAACCAGAUCUUCUCCUUCCUCCUGCAAGUGAAGAGAGCGAAGUACUGCCUGGAGCAGCUCCGCUUCUUUGAUCUGCAGAAGGAGGACAUCUUGAAGAGCAUCCAUUUGUCUCAGUACGAGGAAGAGGAUACCACGCGUAACACUCGCAUACAUCGCAUGCAGUUGCUGAGGUUCCGCCUGCUCUACUUCGUCAACAGCCUCCACAACUACAUCAUGACCAGGAUCUUGCAGAGUACCGGGCUUGAGUUCCAGAGUGAUAUUGAGGCCAGCGUGGACCUUGACCAGAUCAUCGCUGCCCACAACAGCUACGUGAGCAAGAUACACGAGCGCUGCCUGCUGCAUCCCAAGGUGGCCUUCCUCAGGGAGGCUGUGCUCAAAGUCCUCAACCUCAUCCUCAGCUUCCACAAGGUCUGGGACCAGGGUGUGGAUGAAGUCAGCAUGAAGAUUAUUGAAGACAUGGAGCUGGAGUUUUCACGCUGUAUACAGUUCUUGGCCUCUUUCCUCAACAACGUCAUCAAGCGAGGAUCCUUCCCUCACUUGGAAUCUCUAGCGUUCUCGCUCAUCACGUCAAUGGAAUACAAGGGGAGGUAACUCUUGACGGAACAUUAGAGGAGUUGGCCACAGUGAAAAAAGUGCUAUGCAAUGACUGUUUGAACUAAAAUCUCUGUGAUGGUUGUUAUGCAUGAAGAGUGACAAGGUCUUACAACAUGUAUGUAUGUAUAUAGAUAGAGUUUUGGAGACCUAUUUGUUUUGUAUAUUAAUACAAUGUGAAUGCGUUUGUAUAAAAUGUAUAAUAAAAUUUAUCAAGUAUGAAA